GCCUGUGCAACCACGAAAGCCUUCCCCCUCGUAGUAACUGCAGAGGGACGGCCAAGUGCCAGGGUUCACCAUGUCGGGCAGAAAGCCCCGGUCUGUGGCAAACCCUCUGGAGUCCGCCAUCACCACGCCGAGUGAGAGGAUACUGAAGGAAUGCCACAGUCUGUAUGUGGACAGCGAGAACGGCCUGGUGAAGAUUGCCAGCAGCCUUGGAGUUCGACUGCUGCCACCCAGAAAGAAGAUCAUUGUGAUGAUAAUGGGCAACCACUCUGCAGGAAAAAGCUCCUUUAUUAACUGGUAUGUUGAGGAACACAUUCAGAAAACAGGGGUGGCCAUUGAAACUCAGGGGUUCACCUUCAUCACAAGUGGUCGCAAGAGAGAAUCGCUCACGGGGAAUGCUACGCUACAUCUCUACCCUCAUUUUCGACCACUUCUCGAGUUCAAAGGUGUAACGGACUACCUGUCUGCUGAAAUCUCUACCUCAAAGCAGAAGAAAUUCAGCCUGUUGACGUUCGUGGACACUCCAGGUUUGGUGGACGGGGACAUGAUCUACCCUUUUGACGUCAACAGCGCCAUCACCUGGAUGGGUGAACAGGCAGAUCUUAUAUUUGUUUUCUUCGACCCGAUGGGCCAAGCGCUGUGCAAGCGAACUCUCAACAUAGUGGAGAAGCUGAGCGAGAAAUGUGGAGACAAGCUGUUGUUUUACCUUAGCAAGGCAGAUGAAGCUGGGAAAGAGACGGACAGACAGAGAGUCAUGAUGCAGAUUGUUCAGGAGCUGUGUCGCCGUCCAGGUCUGAACAAGUGUGGUUUUGAGAUGCCCACAAUAUACAUCCCUAACCCACAGAAGCCGAGCAGGUGUGUGAACCAGAUCGAUGGGGUUUGUCAGACCAUCGAGAAGACCAUCAACCAGGCUGUUCAGAAGACUUUGGAUCAGCUGGAGAAAGACUGUGACCUCAUUUGUUCCACCAUCAGCAGCAGACGGGAGCAGGACAGGGCUGAUGUGGCUUACAACAAAAGCGUCCGCCUUCACUCUUUCCUGUGUGGGGCUUUAGGGGUUCUCCUCCCAUUUCUCUUCAUCUUCAGUUUUAUUGUGAACACCUUUUCCAAAGAGGAGCUAAACGAACUUUUGGGUGAAGGUCCAACUCGGACGGUCGCCAUCUUUACUGGAGUAGUCAUGUACCUGUGGGACUGGAUACCAGAAGAUGGUCAGGUGGUGUGUGUGCUAAUUUUGGGGGUUUCGUGCUACUUCCUUCUUUUCCUGGCAAAAUAUUUUGCGGGCCGAGGCAAUAAGACUCUGACGAAAAAGGAGAAGAGGAAGAUGGCCGAGUACAAUGAUUACAUCCAUGAUAUUGUCAGAACAAAGAAGGCUAAGCUGUAUGAAUGGUACCUGCAGCAGUGUGCAGCAGAAUAUGACCUCUGACUCCGGUGACAGAUGAUCUAAUGCAGCAGAAAUCACUGCCAAGACUUAUCAUCUCAUCAGCCAAUUUAACAAAGUGCCUUUUUUUUAAACUAAGCACAGGAGAAGUUGUGAUUGUUACUGUUUGAUAACAAGUCAAAUUCAUAAUGUGAAACGUUUUUUUUUCCUAUUUUUGUAGAUACACAUACAAUGCUAUAAAAAGUGUUUACAGAUAAAAGUUUCUCUCCUUUAAAAUCUAUUUUUGUGAUGUCUGUUCUCAUGUUGUCAUGGUCCAAAAACCUUUUCACCCCCGUCCCGACUGACAUGUGACCUGAAAGUGUUUUCAUACUGUAUCUGGGCAAUAUUUAACCAGUGCUGUGAUGACAGCCUGCUGGGCAUUACAGCUGAGCCUGUACAGUCAGUAUACCACCGUUUCUUGACUCCAAAGAGUUUAUCAUGCAGGUUUUGGUUUGUGAAAACUUCAGCUGUUAAAGUAUUUUUUAAUGGUAUUAGCAUUGGUAUAAGAUACUUUAAUACAAAAGAAUAGAAAAGCUACACUGACAUGUACCUCCAGGGUGUCACAGAGCACUGAACACUGCAAGUCCUCCACAGAUUAACUGAACUGUUAACUCCCUAUGAGGCCUUCACUCCAGUUUUUGUUUUGUAUGAAUAUAUUCUUACAAAACAUAAAGGGCUGUUUCUGAAUGAUGCAGAUCAACAACCCAGUUUCACAGCUGAGACUGGCCUCAUUGCCACAUUAAAUACAGCCUCACUGCCGCCUCUGUAAAUCAAAUUAUGGUUACAGCCAUUUCUGCUGUCACAUUAUCAAACUCAGAAUAUUGCAGGUGACAAAAGGAAGUGUUUAGUCUUCACAUGCCCACAUCCCUAUCUGAAUCCUCCAAGCUAAUAAUGAAUAAAUGAAUGUAUAAUGAAAAAUUAUUUGAAUAAUGAAAUGAUAUAUUAGUGCAUUACAAGUUGUUUUUGGAAUUCAGAAUCCAGAGGGUUCAUGUAUUUGCUAUCCAUUAAGUAUCACUGUAUGAUCUUUCAUAUUACUCAGCGAUAGCUGAGGUCAAAUAAAUGAUUAGAUUCAGCUUUUUAACUUGAAAGUUCAGUUUAUUUGGAGGGUGACAUCUUUCUUCAACAGACAUGCAAUGUACGUUUUAAGCUUUAGUUCAUGUUUUUAAUUUGUUUGUGUGCUUUUUUUCUAAAUUAAAUUUACUGAUGUAAACUGUUGCAGAAGUUAUUUUCAUGUUUGAUUAAACUUACUGGAAAGA